GUCAGCAGGAGGAAACCACGCACUACAUGCUGGGAGCGGCGCGACGGAGGGCCGCGUUGUAUGCUGGGAUUUGUAGUCUCGCCCUUAGCCAGAACUCUCGGACCACUUAAGUUCGGCUACAUUCAACCACGUCCUUACACCGAUAACGUACACUCAUUGGUUGUCUAGCACAGAAUAACGAGGCUCUGCACGGCGAGUCUACCUAACAACACUCUUCAGAGCAAACCCCAUUUCGGCGAUGGCCACCCGGAAGGCGCGUUGGCUGCGGCUACGCGUACGGUGCGGCUGCGCGUGCGCGACGCAUGCGCCUCUACGCGCGCCCGCCGUUCCCGCGAGGCCCCCUAGAGCCGGGCGGCGCAGGCGCAGUGUCCCCGGGCCAAGAUGGCUGCGCGGUGCUCCACACGCUGGUUGCUGGUGGUUGUGGGGACCCCGCGGCUGCCGGCUAUAUCGGGUAGAGGGGCCCGGCCGCCCAGGGAGGGCGUGGUGGGGGCAUGGCUGAGCCGCAAGCUGAGCGUCCCCGCCUUUGCGUCUUCCCUGACCUCUCGCGGCCCCCGAGCGCUGCUGACAUUGAGACCUGGUGUCAGCCUCACAGGAACAAAACAUUACCCUUUCAUUUGUACUGCCUCCUUCCACACGAGUGCCCCUUUGGCCAAAGAAGAUUAUUACCAGAUAUUAGGAGUGCCUCGAAAUGCCAGCCAGAAAGAGAUCAAGAAAGCCUAUUAUCAGCUUGCCAAGAAGUAUCACCCUGACACAAAUAAGGAUGAUCCCAAAGCCAAGGAGAAGUUCUCCCAGCUGGCAGAAGCCUAUGAGGUUUUGAGUGAUGAGGUGAAGAGGAAGCAGUACGAUGCCUACGGCUCUGCAGGCUUCGAUCCUGGGGCCAGCGGCUCCCAGCAUAGCUACUGGAAGGGAGGCCCCACUGUGGACCCCGAGGAGCUGUUCAGGAAGAUCUUUGGCGAGUUCUCAUCCUCUUCAUUUGGAGAUUUCCAGACCGUGUUUGAUCAGCCUCAGGAAUACUUCAUGGAGUUGACAUUCAAUCAAGCUGCAAAGGGGGUCAACAAGGAGUUCACCGUAAACAUCAUGGACACGUGUGAGCGCUGCAACGGCAAGGGGAACGAGCCCGGCACCAAGGUGCAGCAUUGCCACUACUGUGGUGGCUCCGGCAUGGAAACCAUCAACACAGGCCCUUUUGUGAUGCGUUCCACGUGUAGGAGAUGUGGUGGCCGCGGCUCCAUCAUCAUAUCGCCCUGUGUGGUCUGCAGGGGAGCAGGACAAGCCAAGCAGAAAAAGCGAGUGAUGAUCCCUGUGCCUGCAGGAGUCGAGGAUGGCCAGACCGUGAGGAUGCCUGUGGGAAAAAGGGAAAUUUUCAUUACGUUCAGGGUGCAGAAAAGCCCUGUGUUCCGGAGGGACGGCGCAGACAUCCACUCCGACCUCUUUAUUUCUAUAGCUCAGGCUCUUCUUGGGGGAACAGCCAGAGCCCAGGGCCUGUACGAGACGAUCAACGUGACGAUCCCCCCUGGGACUCAGACAGACCAGAAGAUUCGGAUGGGUGGGAAAGGCAUCCCCCGGAUUAACAGCUACGGCUACGGAGACCACUACAUCCACAUCAAGAUACGAGUUCCAAAGAGGCUAACGAGCCGGCAGCAGAGCCUGAUCCUGAGCUACGCCGAGGACGAGACAGAUGUGGAGGGGACGGUGAACGGCGUCACCCUCACCAGCUCUGGAAAAAGAUCCACUGGAAACUAGGCCGGGAAGCAGCAGCCCCUCCAAGGGCCAGGGCACCUGGGAGACGGGAGGAUUCCAGAACAGCAGCACUGAGCUCCCACCCGCAGAGCCUCUGGACGGCCUUGGCAACAGCAAAAUCAUGGGACAACACCUCUCUCCACGGAAAGGUCACAGUGGACAGCCCGGGCAGUAGGAUGCAGCCCCAGAGGCUGGUGGCAGUUUCCUGUCCAUUGGUAGGUGACGGCCCCUGGCUCAGGCAGAGGGAGAUGGUUAGACUCUUGCAGGGCUAAAACUCUAAUUUGGAAUUGAAUAUUGUGGAUAUCUUAGUUAAAGGCCAUGCUUACAGCUUAGAAAUGAAGCCUUAAGCUGCAUCAAGUUACGAAGUGAUUAAUUUCCUUCUCAGCAAACCUCUGGGAGGUUCCAGAAUGAGUUCUUCCUGACAGGUUGUCUUCACUGGGAGCGUGGGGCCCCCAGGCUCCACCAGCACCGUCCUCCCCUAAUGGGGGGCCCUGCCGAGGCAUCAGCUGCUCUGCUCAGUUAGUUUUUAUUCCCGGGGUACCAAGCAGCUGCACAGUCGGUGCCUGGGAGGCACGUAGAGGCCCAGAGAGUCCCUGAGGGUUCUGCUCUGACCGUGUGGGUGGUGAUCCUUGUCAGGAUGUACAGUCCUUGCUCCCACCCCAUCCAGGAUGGCCGCCUGUCCCUGACUGUUGAGUCCUGUUGUUGUAAGCCAGGCAUGGAGGGCUCCUGCCCUUCUGCUGAGCCACAGCCCACUGCAGCACUGUGCUGGCCAGACUUCAGCUGCCUUGGGAACUGAAGCCCUGCCACUGUUGCUAGUCAGGGGCUUGGUUCUCCCACUUACACUGUUGACAUCUAUUUUCUGAAGUGUGUUUAAAUUAUUCAGUGCUAAUCAUUGUUUUUUCCUUUGUAAAUGUUGAUUCAGAAAAGGAAAGCACAGGCUAAGCAGUUGAAGGUUCCCCACCAUUCAGUGAGAGCAGAACCCCCAUUCCCCAGCCUCUGCUGGUAGCAUGUCGCAGUUUCCAUGUGUUUCAGGAUCCUCGGGCUGUCGUUAGACAGGUUAAUGAAGAACACUUCUCAACAGUUUCCUUUUUGUUUUCCUUUAUAAUUCACUAAAAUAAAGCAUCUAUUAGUGUCUGAUUUAGGAAUGUAAAAUGAUUCUGUAUUAAUGUAAAUAAGAUUAUCUAUUGCAAAAAGAUAUUUCAAACCUAAA